GCGAGACGGCCCCCACCACUCUUCCUUGACCGCUGCGUAUCAGACACUGCGCACUUUACCACACAUUCAACCCUACAAACCCACAAUAGCCACAAUGACAGACAGUCUCGCCGACAAGCUUAGUGCCUCCACCUUAAAUGACGGGCCAGGCCCGGAUGAUUGGAAGAAGAACCUCAGGAUUCCAGCGAAGGAUACGAGACAACAAACAGAGGAUGUGACCAACACCAAGGGCUUGGACUUUGAAGAUUUCGGACUCAAGCGGGAUCUGCUGAUGGGCAUUUUCGAGGCCGGUUUCGAAAAGCCGUCCCCAAUUCAGGAAGAAAGCAUACCAGUAGCCCUUACCGGCCGCGACAUUCUUGCUCGUGCCAAGAACGGUACCGGCAAAACCGCCGCCUUCGUCAUUCCUGCCCUGGAGAAGAUCAACCCCAAGGUUUCCAAGAUCCAAUGUCUCAUCCUUGUCCCGACGCGCGAGCUGGCAAUGCAGACAUCCCAGGUCUGCAAGACCCUCGGUAAACAUCUCGGCAUCAAUGUGAUGGUCACCACCGGCGGGACGGGUCUUCGCGACGAUAUCGUCCGGUUGCAGGAUCCCGUUCAUAUUGUGGUCGGAACUCCCGGAAGAAUUCUCGAUCUGGCUGGCAAGCAGGUUGCCGACCUCAGCGAGUGCCCCAUGUUCAUCAUGGACGAAGCCGACAAGCUUCUCUCCGCCGAGUUCACCCCGGUUAUCGAGCAGCUCCUCCGGUUCCAUCCCAAGGACCGCCAGGUCAUGCUCUUCUCUGCCACCUUCCCGAUUUCGGUCAAGGAUUUCGCGGACAAGAACAUGUCGAGUCCUUACGAGAUCAACCUCAUGGACGAGCUGACUCUGCGGGGCAUCACGCAAUACUACGCCUACGUGGAGGAGAAGCAGAAGGUUCACUGCCUCAAUACCCUCUUCUCCAAGUUGCAGAUCAACCAGUCCAUCAUCUUCUGCAACUCAACCAACCGCGUCGAGCUCCUUGCCAAGAAGAUCACCGAGCUCGGCUACUCAUGCUUUUAUAGCCAUGCCAAGAUGGCGCAGCAAGCUCGUAACCGCGUCUUCCACGAUUUCCGCAACGGCGUCUGCCGCAACCUUGUCUGUUCCGACCUCUUGACUCGUGGUAUCGACAUUCAGGCGGUGAACGUCGUCAUCAAUUUCGACUUCCCCAAGAACGCUGAGACUUAUCUCCAUCGUAUUGGUCGUUCCGGUCGAUACGGCCACCUUGGCUUGGCGAUCAACCUGAUCAACUGGGACGAUCGGUUCAACCUUUACAACAUCGAGAGGGACCUGGGCACCGAGAUUCAACCGAUACCCCAGACCAUCGACAAGAGCCUUUACGUCUAUGAGAACCCGGAGACCAUCCCGCGACCGAUUUCCAACUUCAACAAGCCUGCCGCGAUUCAACAACAACAACAACAGCAGCAGCAGCAGCAGCAGCAGCAACAACAACAACAGCAACAGCAGCAACCGCAGAAAUCGUCAGUACAGGUGCAGUCUUCGGGUGCCCAGCAGGGAGAAUGGCAAGGGCAGGCCAACCGCCAGAACGGUUCUGGUCCCUCUGGUACACAAGGUCGUGGAGGAUACCAAGGCAAUCGCGGUCCAACUGGCGGUCACCGGGGCGGCCGUGGCCGUGGCUAUCAAGGACAAGGAGGCCGCCAGAACUACGGUGGUCAGCGUGGCGGCCGUUCGCAGGGUCCAGGCCAGGCGCCGGGGGCUGGCCCGCAAGCUUAACCUUCAUCCGCGUCUCUCCACGGCGUGCGUCAGAGGCUGGUGCCAUGAGUUCAUAUGAGGUUAUGUUCAUUUAUGGUUGUUUCCGGUUGUACAUAUUUUGUUUUCCCCCUUCUCCCCGCACCUCCCUCCGGAAAGACUCCCUGCCGGCAAGGAGCCGUCUUCUCAGCUCCGAGGUCUUUUGACGAUCCCUUCACGACAAUCGUCACUGAUCGAAACUCGUCUCUUUCUACGCGCUCCGACCGGAACUACGGCGUUCGAUUGUAUC